AGUGUACGGUUGAUAUGCACGCUAACAAACAUGGCUACUUCUCAUACUCACAUUCUGCAUGUCUGAACAUGGUAUACACUUUCCUAUUUUAUUUUCAUCCAAUUAAAAUGAUUAUUUACAACAAGAAAAAGAGGAAAAUAAUGCGGUUUCCUUGUGAUAUUAUUGCAAUAAAAAUAUAGUUGAAAUUUCAUCCUAACUCUACCACUACUCUUACACUUACACUUUCACUUACACUUACUAAACGUACUCUUACUCUUACUUAGUUUACUCUUCUUACUAUAUUACUGUACUCUGCUGCUAGUGAACUUACAGUGUACUGUAGGGCUAUUGUUUAAAUGCUGACGUAUAUUAUAGACGUAUUAAUGAGAAUAUAACUCUUUUUUGUAACACUUGGACCCACUAUGUAUUUUCUCAUACUCAAAUUUAUGGAAAAAAAUACUGCACCUGGUUAAUCCCUAAGUAACUAAGUAAUAAUAUAUAUUAUAUUUAGUUCCAGGUUCAUUCUCUUCAUUAUUCAUGGCACAAGAAUAUGGCUAGGCCUAACAAAUUCUAAAGAAAAUCAAUCUUUUUCUUUAAAGUUACUAACUGAAAUAAUCUUUGGCAUGUACCUAAAUUAUAAUCUAUCAUUAUAUUAUUUAUGAUCUUAUGAAAAAAGAUGGGCUUAAUGCUGGGAUGAUGUUGUCUAUCUAGCUAUUAAUUAUCUUGUGGAUGUGUAUUGGCCUGUGUUGUUUAUGGUUGUUAGGUAUGAAUCAUGAAAGACUUAGAAUGGGUAUUCUCGUAUAUAGUUUUUGCAAUGUUGCAUUUUGUAUUUCAAUGUGGUAUAUUAUAGAUUGUUUCAUUUCUCUUUUAAUAUACUAGACUAUGAACCGAGCUUCAAGCCUUGCGGGAUGAAGUGUAAUUUUCAAAUAAACUUUAUUAUUAUUAUUAUUAUGUAAUGUUUUUCAAUUAAUAUUGAAUGUCGCACUGACUGAUUAACUGGCGGUUAAGGGCGAUCCAUAAAUGGCGUCAUGCAAAUUCUGCCGAUUUUUUUAUCCCCCUCCCCAAAUUGUCACAAAAAGAUAGACCCCCUUCAAAUAUAACGUCACAAAUCUCUGCAACCCCAUCCCUUUCCCUAAAAAAUCCCUGUGUCCACUACUGUCUUUUACAAACCCUUAAGAAAUACACCUCCCAUGGAUAUAAUUACUGCACCUGUGUCAGAAACAUUUCACUAGAACAGUGGUUCUUAACCAGGGGUAAGAGUACCUUCCCCGCCCUAAGGUGUGGAAGACCCGAAAAUUGUAUUUGCUGCCAUUGCUAGUUGUUGCUGCUUUUUUUAUAAAAAAAAAUCAGUUUUAUGCAUUUUGAUAAGCAGCAGUUAAUGUUUUUCUGUUGAAUUUUGUUUGCACAUUACUUUUACUGGUAAUAUUUUCCUUGUUAAAAAGUAAAUUAAAGAAAUAAAACUAAGAUAACUAAAUUGUUUAAUUAUUUCCAUAUUUAAAUUUUAUUACAAUAUAAUUUAUACGGAUGGGGGAGGGGGGAAUGUUUAAAACAGAGUGGGCUUGCAGCGCUGCGAAGAUGUUAAGAAUUUCUGACCUAGAGCAUUUACUAAGAUCGACCCUCCCCCCCGUUAACCUUUUUUUUUCCUGUUCCAUCCCACUUCACGUGGUGGUCCUAAUUCUAUGACUCGCCACAUAAAUUCUCUCUAUUGUCAAAGUCACUACACCCAUUUUCUUCUCCUCGUGGUGGCAUGUAAAUUGAUCAGAGGCCAAUCUCGGACUUCGCAUACCUGUACUGAUUCUCUCAGUGAUAGUAGUUUAAAAAUAAAAUAUUUAUACUUGUUGUAUAAAAGAAUAAUGUUAAAAUUGUCUGUAAUUUAGGGUUAUUAAUUGCAAUACUUUACUAUAAUAUUCCACUUUUCAUGUGAUGUCACAUUGCUUUAGGCACUCCCCCCCCCCCCAAUCACACAUUGUUUUAAAAAAAAAAUAUUUAUACUUUUUGUAUAAAAGAAUAAUGUUAAAAUUUUUUGUAAUUUAGGGUUAUUAAUUUCAAUACUUUACUAUAAUAUUCCACUUUUCAUGUGAUGUCACAUUGCUUUAGGCACUCCCCCCCCCCCCAAUCACACAUUGUCACAAAAAUAUGUCACCUCGCCCCCCUAGACAUGUGACGUCAUUUAUGGAUAGCCCCUUAUGAUAUCGACUGCACUCAAUAACUGAUGACAAUUAAAUCAAUGCCCAAUGAGGCUUAAAUAUUAAUAUGCUAUAUUAUGAGUAUAAACCUAGUUAGUUGAAUUAGCAUUCAAUUAAUUUCAUUAGAAUAAUCAAUAAUCUAUUAAAUAAAUAAUGGCAAUUAUCGAUGAUAUCUUAUUUUAGUUAUGAAUAAUAUGAAUAACUGAAUGACACAAGAAACGGUUAUGAGGCCUAGUGAUUAUCAUUCAUCCCACACCAAUAAAUUUCUCUUUAAUUAAUAUUAAAAGUCAUAUAUUUUGAAAUCCAUUGGGUAUAACUCAGGGGUCGGCAACCUACGGCUCUUUUGAUGUCAAGAUGCGGCUCUCCAGUUCUAUGCGCAAAUAUUAAUAAUUAUGUUGAAAUAAAAAUCUUAGUGGCUCUUUAAAAACUGGGAAAUUUUGAAAAUUGUAACUCUUGGCUCUUCCGUCUCAAAAGGUUGCCUACCCCAGGUAUAACUAAAGCCUUAUUAUUUGAAUUAAAUUUUUAAAAGCCUUAGUUUUUCUUCUCCUACUGUACUUCUAGUAAUAAUAAUAACUAUUUAAAAAAUGAACAUUUUAUUGUCUAUCACUUAACUUACUUUAUGAUUAUUGUAUUGAGAACUCAGAAGUUUGGCCUAGCCUUUUACAUUAUUUGGUACUGUAAUAAUUGUAUUUUAUUACUGCAUUUUAAUUUUUUACUUUCUAAUAAUUUAAUUCUUCCUAUUUGAGUUAAGACUAGUUUCAAUAUCUUGUAUUUUUUACUUUUUCAGAACAAACUACAAACCAUUUUUGAUUAAUCUUAACUACAAUGUCAAAUGAUGGUUUUGUAGUCACCGGAUCUAGGCCACCUUCAGCCCUAGGCAGCUACAGUUACAGGCCUAAUUCUGCAAAACAUGGUUAUCAUACUUUGUCAAGAAGUUCAGCAGUUGAUGAAUCUUUGUUUCGGUUUGUAGCAAUUUUCAGAUUUUGUUGUAUUUUAGCUUUACCAUUUUAUUAGACUAUUUGCGUGCUCAUACCAUACUUAUUUUUUAUAUUUAUAUCCAUAUUUGAACAUCUGAAAAUCUUUCUGCUUUCAGUUCCCAUUAUUCCACGAAGUUAGAUGAAACAUUUGCCAACUUCAAAGCGCCAUGGGAAUAUCCUAAACCACCAGCUCCCCGCAACACAUAUGGACCCUCUGCCAUAAAACAUGAAGCCAACCCAAAACCAAGAGGACCUCCAUUACUUUGGUGUCCGCCUCCAUCUGAGACUUCUCUAGUUAAACAAAAGACCAAAACAAAAUCAAGUCUUAAUGAUUCAACUUACUUAUGGAGUACUAAAAAUAAUUUUCGGCAACUUAAACACACUCCUACUUUUGUUGAUGAAACUCUUUUUGGUUCUAAAUUGGAGGAGCCUUCUUUUGAAGCACCUUGGAAUGAAAGGAAAAAAGGUGAGAAGAGAAAUCCAAAACCCUAUCUUUGGGAUCCUUACAGUGGUAAUCAAGAUGUAAUAAAAGACAUGUCAAAAGAGCAGUCAUCUAGGCCUGUUUCAGCACUUAGAUCAUCCAGAACAAAUGGAAGCAGAACAAAUACUCCUAGACCUGUCUGGAAGCCUUAAUUUUAAACACUGAAAAGUAGCUUAAAGGUUUAAAAUACUGGUUUCUGGUCUUUACUUCAGAAUGGGGAUAAAAUAAAGAUAUUUUAUGGCCAGGGCAGUUACUUUAUCAUUGAAAGACACUUUAUUUUAAAUGGAAAGGGUUUAUUUUGUUUAAAAUUAUAUAAACCUUGUAUAAAUAACUGAAUCAACAUUUUACGUACCGGUACUGUACACAAAUAAGGAACAAUUUUUAAAUGUAGAAUUUGUCUUUAAAAUAACGAGUGGACAAAAAAAAAAUACUGAUUAGGAAGCUGAAUUAAUUAAUUAUAUUCAUUUUUCUUGACAAACCUCAAUUUAAUAAUUAGUUCUGUCAUUAGAUUUGUAGAUCAUUAUAUUAACUAUUUCUUUUGCAUUUAAAAUUCAAAUUGACUAGUACUUUAGUAACAUAUGAAUAUAUGCUACUUUGUUUUUCAAGGUGCAUUUGCUAUUAUUUUUAUUAAUAGUAAAGUAUUAUUAAACAGGAUUACUUUAGUGUCAGCCAUAAAUAGAAUUUUACUGUCUUAUUUUCUAAUAGGAGGAAAGUUUUGGCAUGGUGAUUUAUUGUUGUUAUAUUCUAUGAAUUGUUGAUAACUGUAGCUGGUUUGUAAUUGUAUGCACUACUCAUAAGUUGUAUUGUUUUUGUCUAAUUAUUUUAAGGGCCAAUACAUUAUUUCCUUCAAUGACAUGUAAAUAAAAUUUUGUUUUUUUAACUUC